UUAACAGAAACCAUGAGGAAAUUACCUUUUAUCUUCUUAAUUAUUUAUCUGGCAUCCGUUCAAUCGGAAACUUAUUUUCCAACUUCCGACCUUGAACUUGAUGAUGUUCCGCGAAAGAAUGGAACUAAAACAUGGGGAACUAUUUUUCCAGGAACAAAAUGGUGCGGCCAGGGAAAUAAAGCGAUGCAUGAAGACGACUUUGGUAAAUAUCGGCGAACUGAUAUGUGCUGCAGAAAUCACGACCGCUGUCCGAAGAAGAUUAAAGCUGGGAUGUAUAAAUAUGGGCUUCAAAAUUCUGGAUCCACAACUUUAUUGAGCUGCAAGUGUGACGAACUUUUCUACGACUGCCUGAAAGAAGUGCAAUCAAUAACCAGCCAAACCGUCGGUAUUUUAUAUUUCGACAUUCUGAAACGCAAGUGUUUUGCGUACGACACCGAGCAAGACAACGGGCUCUACAAGUGGCGAACCAACAGAAAAUUUUCCGAUAACGGAUUAAGUUGUGAUUGCGACAGAGAUUUCUACAAAUGCCUGAAAAACAACCGCAACAUCGUAAGCAAAACAAUUGGGACAAUCUACUUCGACUUGCUGAAGAAAAAGUGUCUUGACUGCAUCGCCGGAGACUACCAUUGGGCGGAAAACGAGGCUUACUCCGAAGCCAAGUUCAUUCUGUUUAUCCGAAAUUUGCUGAACUGA